CAACGCUGAACCACCGCAAGCAGCGGAAGCUUCAUCAGAAGUCCGCUUUAGACGGGUUGGAUAAGAGUUCUGCAGAAGUCACAGCCGCUACAGGGUCUGGUGCUUUCAAACUCGGCAAGCAUGUCUUCGGACAGAAAGAGGCAGACUUCACAGACGUUCGAGACGCAUAUCGCAUGCAAAGGGUUCAAGAGAGAUCCGUUGGACAAUCGCCAACUCGGAACAUUGUCUUCACAUGGCUGUCUGCCGUAUAUGUCGCGAAGGAGAUCUACGCACACAGUCUUCGGUCGCUAAGGCGAAGGCUCAUCCUUGGCGUAACAUUGGAUCUCCUUGUGGAUCUGAUGUUCUGUAUCCUGUAUCUGAUAGAGUUCGAGAUUGACCGAAAUCAUAGGGAUCGUGUUGCCGAUCUGUCACCUUCUUGGCUAUAUGUUGCGCGCCCUUCAACCCUUUGGAAUAUGGAACUAUCAUGCUCCUCAUACAUGGUCUGGUCGCAAAUCAACAAGAUCAUAAUCGCCGACUCAAAGCGAGAGGCGAUGUUCAAUCACCGGAUCGCUCUAGAUCUCUUCAUAUGUGCCCCGUUUUUGUUCCUUCCCUUGUAUGAGUACGGACACUACGUAUAUAUACCCUUUUAUCUCCGAGCAGUGGUCGUCGUGAACCGCAUACAGAAUGUCAUCAGACUAGCUGCCAGCAGGAAGUGGAUAUGGGUCGAACCGUACACCGAGCGUUUGGUGUUUCUGAUCUCGACCAUCCUGGCGCUGAUGUAUGUAGCCUCAUGCGCCUUCCAGUACUUUGAAACUCGCUUCGCCGAACAGGAAAUAACCCUCAGUCAGGCCUUGUAUUUCAUCGUGAUCACCGCUUCCACGGUCGGCUACGGAGACGUUUCGCCAAAAUCUAUACCCGGCCAAUUCGUCGUCAUCGUCUUCAUCAUCCUUGCAAUCUCAAUCCUGCCUGGAUUGAUCUCCCAAACGAUCGAGACCCUGCAUUUGCGAAAUUCGGGCCGCGGAACCUAUCAGAGGGGCAAGAGCCCUUUCGUUGUGUUCGUGGGCAAUUUCUCCAAAACAAUCUCAGUGAUCGACAUCAUCCAUACCUUCGUUGCACGAGAACAAGAUCGCCCGCUGAACUUGGUCUUCAUGGGCCGCGAUGAACCUUCUGCCGCCGUGAAAGCUAUUGUCAGACGAGAGGGCUUCACGCAUCGGUGUACAUAUCUGCAGGGCAAUGUGCUCGAAGUCCAGGACAUGGAACGAGCCCAAAUACAACACGCCGCGGCCGCCUUCAUCAUCGCGGACCGCAACGCGCCCGAUCAUCUCAUCGAAGAUGAUGAGAACACGUUGAGGGCGUGGGCGAUAGAUGACCAUGCGCCGGAUGUGCCGUUGUUUGUUUAUAAUCUUUUGCCGGAGACUGAGAUCUUACAAACGCACUCCGCCAACGAAGCCGUAUGCAUCGACAACCUCAAGCAGAUCCUCAUCGGAUUUAACCUGAUCUACCGAGGUAUCGGGACAGUCUUGCUAAAUCUCCUCGUGCAAACCAAGCCAAGGAGGGAGUAUGAGGCUCCUUGGGAGGCGCAAUACGGCGAUGGAUUGGGAAACGAGCUCUACUCGGGUCCCGUCAAUCCCGUAUUCUACGGCUUCGAGUUUCAAAGAGCAUCGUACUUUCUGUUCCGUCAAUACCAAGUGAUAUGCUUUGCUGUCAGAGCUGUGUUGGACAACGGCGAGACGCAUCUGAUUCUGAAUCCCGCCGGAUACAAGCUGGGAAAGAAAGACCUCCUUUACUACGUGGCGCAACGGCAAGAGGAUAUCGACGAUAUUGCCCAUCUGGGGCGUGAGGAGCUAGGCUUUUGCCUUCAAAUGCCGAACCCGCACAGUUUUAUUCUCGAGCCCGGAUGCGUGCGGCAGGGGUCGAUGCAGGCCGUGAUAGGCGAAAACAAAGGUCAGGACGGCAACAAGACCAUGAACGGUUGGCGAGUGGGCGUUCCCGUCGUAGCACAGGGUGGGGUGAAACUCCCCUUAUGCCUCCUCCUCAAACACCCCAUCCGCAACCUCGACGAGCUCCUCCUCCAAGACGGCUCCCACCUCACAAACCACAUCCUAGUCUGUACCGGUGACAAACAUGUCUUCCGCCUUCUCUGCACGCUACGCGCCGCGCACCUCUCCGACGACGAGUUCCGCACCGUGGUGGUGCUGUGCAGCACACUGCCUAAUGCGUAUGAGAUCUCGCUUUUUGGACAGUUUCCGGAGGUGUACAUUGUUCAAGGGGAUCCGAGGAAGAGGGCUGAGUUGCAGAAGGCGGGGAUACAUGGUGCGGAUAAGGUUGUGGUCAUGAAUAUGAAUCGGAAAUCGGUGAAUGCGGAUGGCGUGGAGGGGUUUGAUACCUUCGCGGACAGCGCUGCGAUCAUGGUCAGCCACAAUAUCUACCACAUGUUCCAAAACACAGGAGACCACAAAUUCACCGUCACCGAGCUGCCCACGUCCGCUUCCUGCAACCCGCCGACCGCCGCAAAAAGCACAGACGCAAGAAAGCCGUACACAGCGAAGAGCGUUUCAAAGCCGACCUCGGCAUCGACCGAUACCUGUAUUCGCCGACCUAUGCGGCUGGACGGGUGAUAUCGGCCAGUAUGCUGGAUUCGAUUUUGUUUGAGACGUACUUCAAUGAAGGCGUUUUGGAUAUAUUCAAGCUCAUGUGCGGUGGAAGGCAUAAGCGCGAUUCCGAGAUGGACGCCAAGAUGGGAAUAGAUCCCUCGUUCCUCUGCUACAUCGACG